GAACAGAGUAUUUUAAAAGGAGGAGUUGAGAGCGUUCUCUCUCUAGCCACUCGCGGCUAGUUUCUUCUCCUCAAGGCUUCCGGCACCGCCGUCCUUGGUGGUGCGCCGCCAGGGCCCUCCUGGCUCCAGUUGGCUUGGUGCUUGGGUUAGGCUAAUAUCUUUGGAAAUAUUUUGGCUACCUCACUGCGACUGGAUGGGGUCCUGGGUUCUUGGUUGAAGGUCCAUGGCCGAUGCAUCAGGGAUGCAAGCAAGUCCAGAUUCAGGCGGAUGCGGCCAGAUGGGUUCCGAUGGUUUCACAACCAUGGGUUUAUGCUUCAGAAGAUGACCGUUGUGUCCAUUCUCAUCUUUUCCUCUUCAUUCACGGACGUAGCACCGGUACGGUUGGGGAAUGCUAAGUAUUCAAAGAACAGUGGAUGGGGACGCUCGUUAAUGGUCCUUAGCUUCCCAGUAUGUUUUGGAUCAUGUUUGCUUCUCUCGCUGCUUCAGAGAGCUUGCAGAUGCUCACUUACCAAGGAUGAUGGCGUUUACCGUGGCAGCUUCGGGUGGAGGGGUCCCGGAGCAGUUCUUUCAUGCGGCCAUCGUUCCUCCACUGCUUCAUUACGGAUCUCGCGCUGGGCCAAAGCCGGGUUUUGGAGUUCGCAGCCCCCGACGGCCAUCUUCUGAAAAAUAAGGUGUUCUUACUCUGGUACGUCUUCUUGUUAGUCAACCAGUCUGGCCGUGGAUGCCUUUUUUCAGGAUGAGCUUUGCAUUUUUCUUACUUCAUGCCUAGUGACAUCUUGACGUUGGGGUUUGGGGUCUCUUCUCUGUUCGUGGUGGUUUUAGCCAGGGAAGACGACUGAUGGGUGUCCCGGCAUGGGAUCUCUCACUGUGGAUCUAUGGUGUGGACUGUUGUUUGGUUCAUGGUGUUUGGCACUUUUCCAGCUACUGUUAAUCGCUGCUGAAAGCCUUCUGCCGACGCCGCUGGGGGCUGCCGGGGCUCGACGGGGGUAGAAGGUGGCAGGUGGAUUUUCGAUUAGCGUGAUUUUCUACGGCUGGUUCUUUGCCCUCCUCUCUGGCCACCAGACUGUUUGGGGGACGCCGGAACCCAGAUGGGGUGGUGGGGGUGGGGGUGGGGGGGUCUGGUGGGUCAGAGGUUUUGGUUUGCCGCUCUACACUGUGGCGCCCCCUUCGUAGCGAUGGACGGGUCUGGGCUGACCCGGAACACAGCCAACCCUAGCUCGCUAGAGUGUGCUGUGGACUUGGGCUGGAUACAGGCCUGGAUUGCUGCGGACAAUGCUGGGCCUCCUCCAUUUGUUGGCUGAUCUUGACACAGGAAGCUGGGCUUCGCUGUUUUGACGGACCUUCGGGUUCUUGGACUGGUUAUUCAUGGGCCAGUCCGUUUUUGUUUACUUGACUUUUUGAUACGUGUCGGGCCUGUCCCGUGCCGUUUGGAUACUAUUUUGUUAGUUCUCGUACUAGCUUAGAUAGUUUUGACACAUUGUAAUAUGUUAUUUUUUGGGUGUUUUAAUAUACUUACAUUUCAUCCAAAAAAAAAUAGAACAGAGUAUUUUAUAUAUCUAUUUUCGUUAUUUAUUCUUUUAUUUGGGUAUUUAAUAGGUUAGUUAUUAAACUCAGGCAAGUAUGUUUUAGGCCCGUUAUCAUUUUGUAUUACAAAAGUCUAACUUUCAGUUAUUAUUUAAGCCUAAAGUUGUUCAACGUAUCUAUACUUUCCGAAGAGAGGAGCUGCUAUUUCACUGUUGCAUUCAAUACUCGAUCUGUAAUUCUUCAUAUCUAUCGUAUUUAAUACACCAUUAUUGUUCAUCUAGUCUCUUAUUUGUGCUUUUAUUGAUGUGAUUCUUUGAUAAACUAAAACCCACUAUUAUUCAACAUAAUAAGCAUGAUGUCCUGAUGGAUUGAACCGUCAUGAGGGGAGAGUAGUUCACGUGAAUCAAACCUCAACACAUCAUUAUCGAACAUAUAUCUCCUCCGAAUAAGUGACGGGUUACUUCAACGAACUCGCACUCCUAAUUUCUUGAUGACUUCAUCAGCUGCUAAAUCGUUCUUGGAUUCAUCUGAAGAGCUCAGGUCCUCCAUCACAAACAUUAUUGCAAAGAAUUUGAGCUACAAUUCAAUCUCCACGAUCUACAAGUCCUACCAAAUCAGCUUCAAUCAAGUGGUCAACACACUCUAAAAUUCACUCAUCAUUCAUGUUGCGCCACCAACAAGUGCUCCUCAAAUUAUAUCAGAUCAAAUAGUUAAAAAACUACACUGUAGAGGAGACUUGGAUUGGACAAUAUGAAAUAGAAAGAUAAAGCUUGCUCCCAUGUUAAUUCCAUCAGAACAAUCAAUCUAGAUGCGACACUAGACUUCAUUCAUUCUGAUCAAGAUCAACUUCGACAAAAAAAGGAAGCUGGUUUGAAAUAAAAGGGGAGACUGCUACACUCCAUCAUCAAAGGGGAAAUUGUUAAGAAUCAAAUUUAGACAAUGUGAUUUGAACAUCUCUGAAGUCUGAAUACAAAUGAGGAAGCCGGUCAACACAAAGACAAAGAUACCUUUGCUUCAACGCAAAUUGACACACAGGGGGAGAUUGUUAGGAAUAUAUUUUGUUGUGUCUAUUUUCAUUAUUUAUCCUUGUAUUUGUGUGUUUAAUAGGUUAGUUAUUAAACUGUUUCAGGUCAAUUUUAGGCUCGUAAUCCGUUUGUAAUACGGAAGUCUAAGCUUCGUUUAAAGUUUAGUUGAAGACUAGACUUCUGUAACCCUAACGUUGUUCAACGCAUCCAUAUUUUCCAUAGAGAGGAGCCGUUGUUUCACUUUUACAUUGAAUAAUUGAGCUGUAAUUCUUCAACUCUAUUGUAUUCAAUACACCAUUAUUGCUCAUC